GGAUCUUUUCAUGCCCCAAUUCAGAGCAGUUCCUGUAUUUAAAAGCCCAAAGCAUUUCCUAGUGGAGGGCAAGCCGAGAAUGUGCAGAUGCCUGUGAUUUUAGCCUGUAGAGCAGUACAAGGGGUUAACACUGAGAAACUUGGCUCGGUGUCAGUUAGCCUUUUUUUUUUUUCUCCUUGGCUCUGCUCUGGGUUUCCCCGUUAAGGGAUUUCCCUCCGCCUCUGCUGCAAGACCCUUUAUAAAGAGCAGCCUCUUUCUUCCAUUGCUUACCCAGCUGCAUUCACUUUGGAAGAAGCAGACAGCCCCUGGGUUUCUUCAGGUAGCCCAGUCACUGGGCAGUUUGGACUUGCUAUUUCCCUUCAUCACAGCUACAAAAUGAGUGGACAGAAGCUCAGGACUGUCCUGGCCGCAAACCUCCUCUGGAUGAUAUUUGCAGCACCAGAAGAUCUGAAAAUUGAGGUUGGCCCAAGUUCCAAGAUCGCAGCUCAGAUUGGUGGUUACACUGAACUGACCUGCACUGUGACUGGCUGUGAGUCACCUUUUUUCUCCUGGAGAACCCAGAUAGACAGCCCCCUGGGGGGGAAGGUGCAAAAUGAGGGGACCAAGUCUACCUUGAUCAUGAAUCCUGUUAGCCUUCAGAAUGAACAUUCUUAUCUUUGCACAGCCUCAUGCGGAAGCAAGAAAGUGGAAAGAGGAAUCCAGGUGGACGUCUACUCUUUCCCCAGUGAUCCAGAAAUUGAGAUGAGUGGCCCCCUUAUUGUUGGAAGCCCCAUCACUGUCACCUGCAAGGUCCCAAAGGUGCACCCCUCAGAACGGCUGCAGAUGGCAUUCUUGAUGGAAGGCUCUCGCCAUCCUAUGGAAGCACAAGAGAUGGUGGAGGAUGCUGAUGAGAGCACUAUAGAGACCAAGGGUUUGAAGAUGACCUUUACCCCAACCAUGGAAGACAUGGGGAAAACCCUCACUUGUGAAGCCAAGUUACCUAUUGAUGAAAUGGAAUUUGAGCCCAAAGAAAGGAGAACUACCCAAAGACUUCAGGUGAAUGAUGUGCCCAAGAACCCAGCUAUCUCCAUCAGCCCCUCCAACACUGUUCAAGAAGGGGAUCCUGUGACACUGACCUGUUCCAGCGAGGGCCUGCCACCCCCACAGAUCUUCUGGAGUAAAAAACAGGACAAUGAGGACCUGUCGCCUCUUUCUGAGAAUGCAACACUCACUUUGGUGGCCACAAGGAGGGAAGAUUCUGGAACUUACGUGUGUGAAGCAAAGAACCAGUUUGGGAAAAGUAGAAAGGAGGUGGAAAUAACUGUGCAAG